AUGUUAGGAAGCCGAGAUCAUGCUAAGCGAAGGCGUAAAGCCACAGUUACCAGUAACCGGUCUACCGGAUCCUACUCCGACGAGCCCACUUCACCGGAUAGCCUACCAGCGCUCCGGCAGUCGACAAGCAAUUCGACCAAUCCGACACCGAGUGCGCCGGGCACUCCUUUCCAGUCUCCAGCCGGAUCUUUCAGUCCAAACUUCUCUUACGAGGACGCGGUCGACUUAUUGCCCACCGUCAGCGAGCUCAACAGUCCACCACGCGAGCAAGGCACACCUCGAUCCAGGGCUGGUAGUCGUCGUGGAAGCUCGUUCUCAGAAAAGCUCCGUAAUAGACUCCUCGAUCCGUCUGUUGGUGGCGAGCUUCAUGGGUCUAAGCCCAAGGUCAAACAUCCCGACGUCCUAGAGAAGGAGAGCACAUCAAAGCUCCUCAAAUUCUGGAAUCUAGUGCACGGCAACGACGAGUCCAGCAAUUCACUUCCGAGUAUCUCUGAGGAUACAGGGCGACCUGCUCCAUCCCCACAACCGGUAAGCCGUGGUGAGCGUUUCCUCUCGCAUUUCGGGUUGAGGAAGUCUUCCGGCAGGAUGGAUGGAUCACGGCUUGCACCCGCGGCGUAUGGGGCGCCAAAACGAUCGGCACAGAUGCAGGAUGCACGAGACAUGUAUCAAACGGUGGUGAGAAAUGCUGAGCGAGCGGGAGUGGAUGUGCCUCCUUACGAUUUCCUCGAGCUCAUUGGUAAAGGAGCUUUCGGACGAGUGUAUAAGUGCAAGAAGCGCGGUACUGGUGUACUAGUGGCGAUCAAGAUCAUCAUGAUCGACGAUUCUGACUUCCAGGAACACGUCGCGGAGAAAGACCUUGGUAUUAGUGCCUUUCGGAAAGAAGUCGAUAUCCUUCAGCAACUGAAGGACAAGAAGGCGAAGAACAUCAACAUGAUUCACGACGCUUUCGAUAUUCACUCCCAGUUGUGGAUUGUUAGCGAUUACUGUACAGGCGGCAGCAUACGGACCUUGAUGAGGGCGAAUCCGCGGCAAGGUUUCGAGGAGCACUAUAUCAUACCAAUCGCGCGGGAGCUCGCAGUGGCGAUGAAAGCAGUGCAUGAAAUCGGUGUCAUCCAUCGCGACAUCAAAUGCGCGAAUGUCUAUGUUAACGAGGAAGGCGAGAUUCAAUUGGGCGACUUCGGUAUUGUAGGCAUGGUGGAGGAAGACACAUCCUCAAAGCGAAGGACUAUUAUCGGCACACCACAUUAUCUACCUAUGGAGAUGCACACGACUGCUAUGCAGACAGCCGAAGCUUACGGCAUGGAGAUCGACAUAUGGGCAUUCGGCGUCACUCUAUAUGAGAUGGCGGCAGGACACCCGCCUUACUCAAAUGUUCAACCAAACCGCUUGGCGGAGGCACUCUCGACAGCUCCACGACUAGAAGGUGGCAAUUAUUCUGAUGGCCUUCGGGACUUUGUCGCUUUCUGCUUGAACAGCGACCCGAAAGCACGACCCUCCGCCGACGAGGUGCUGAUGCAUCCAUAUAUCGCCGGCACUGAGCACAAGUACCCGACCAAGAAUCUGGUCAAGCUCAUCGAACGAUAUGCGGUGUGGGAGUUUGGUGGUGGACAGCGACAGUCACUUUUCUUCGCCGGUGGCGCGGCAGCCCCUGUCGUGCCUACCGACGAGCCAGAGGAAGAUGAGCAUGACGAUGCGCUGGACUGGAACUUCAGCACAUCCGACACCUUCAACGAGGAGUUUGGACGGCGCUACAGCCAGAUGUUUGCAACUCAAGAAUUUGCCAAUGAAGAUUUUGAUGUGCCGGCGGGAGCUGGGUUGCCACCACUCGUGACCAAGGAUCUAUCUCGCUUCGAAGAGAUGGAAAGAGAAUUCAAGGAGCUGAGCGCAAAUCGUGGCGAGCGCUCCCUGGAUCGUCUCUUCAACCCGGAGCAGAAGCCAUACGAAUUGCACACGCCUGUCGACGACGAUAAUGAGCCUCUGUCUGAUCUGCCUCUUCGUAACUUUCCCGGUACAGCCCCCACACGGGAGAGUAUGAUCGAUCUUGACAGUGCUGCAACGAUGGACCUGAACGUUCCAGCAUUCAACUUCGAUUUCGGCGAUGUACCUACGCUCAGGGCUCGCAACUCACGGUCUACGGGACGGCAUGAGAAUGACGAUGAAUCAUUCGACUACGGUGCGAACGAAAGAGAUGAUCGUCGCGCGACUCGGGACUGGAAGUUUCCAGCGGCAGCUUCAGCGGCAGAGGAGAAGAAACGUGCGACCAUGGACUGGAGCUUUUCGACAGCUCAGCCGACUGAGCCAGAUGAGCCAGAUGUGUCGAUGCACCUGCCACCUACCGGAGCAGAUGGACUUGCUGCAGGCUUUCGACCAACGCUCAGACAUAUGGCUACAGAACCCUUGGGGAAGUUCGGAGAUCACAUGCACCCUACACAGCCUCUGCAGCCUUUGAUGGAAGGGUCAUCCUCGCCAGUCAGAGAUUCUAUGGCUUCGAUGAUUGAUUUGGACAUGGGCUUAGCAGAUCCAGGCGAGAUCGUCCGACCAUCUACGGCCAGCUCAACUACAGGAUCAGUCAUGACGGAUAUCACCUCUGGCAAUCCUUUCGACCUCGAAGAAGACCCCGAGCAGAACGAGAUUGACCGCAAUCGCUUCUCCUUCCACAAGCAGUGGCAGAGCGAAGGCGGAAAUCUGCGUCGAAGAAGUCACAAGCAUAUGCAGAUGCACUCUCGUGGUAGCAGUCUGACGAGCACAGACUCCGAACUCGAUCGAAGGAUGUCACAGACUUCCCAGCCACGCGUAGACGAUGUCUUCGAUUUCGACUAUAGCCGGAGUCUGAAUGAUGCCGUGCGCAAUGGCAUGGGCGGGAUACAGAUACCGGAGAGUGAAACGAGCAUGAAUCACUGGCCGGAUUUUGGUCAGAACUCGGGUCUGGACGAGAGUCCGCAGUAUAUUGCUCACCAUAUCCCACACAUGGGCGAGCAAGACUAUCCUCUGCAGCAAGGUCUUCGCACCACGAAUGGUUUUGCCUCGCAUACAUCGGUAGCCAGUCGGGACCGCCAGCGCUCGGGUCGUGGCGCGCAGAAGGAACUCGAAUUUCCUGAGCCCGUGGCGCCACACCCGGAUGCGUUAUUGGAGGACGCAGAUCCGAAUGUUAUGGUGAGCGAGAUGGAUCGGUUGCUGGACGAUUUUAGUGCGAGUCUGAGUGCUACACGCAGGGCUUUGAGGGCGCAUACGGGUGUGCGAGAUGAUGAGAUGGAGAAUGAUGAUUUGGGCGAGGAGAACGAGACGGAUAGUGGGGUGGAGAGUAGUAGUGCCGCGCCGACUGGGGAUGAGGGAGGGUUUUGA